AUGUUUAUCACAAGGCCGGUGGUUUCUCGUCUUCUUCAACAGACAGUGCGUCGCUACCAUGCGGGCGAAUUUAAGCCCCCUAGCAUGGACGAGCUGCCUGUACCAAGUGGCUCGUGGCAGGCCCGCUAUGACGCCAAUCAGCGCCGCUACAACGCCGUACUGCUCUUCGGCGUCGCUUUCUCAGCUUUUACUCUAAUUGUGGCUAAAACUUCUGGGCUGGUGUACCUCAACUACUCCCCUCCCAAAUCUCUGGAUUAA